UGGAUGCACUUGAGGAAGUGGGGCGAGAACCCCCUGGGGCCCAGCACCAACGGACAGGGAAGGGCAGAGAAGGCCACCAUGGCGACACUCCUGUCUCAUCUGCAGCAGCGCCCUCCCCUCUUGCGCCAGGCCAUCAAGAUAAGGCGCCGCAGAGUCAGAGAUCUACAGGAUCCCCUGCCCCAAACGGCCCCAGAGAUCCAGCCUCCGUCCCACCACUUCUCCCCCGAGCAGCGGGCCCUGCUCUACGAGGACGCACUCUACACUGUCCUGCACCGCCUGGGUCAGCCUGAGCCCAACCAUGUGACGGAGGCCUCUGAGCUGCUGCGGUACCUGCAGGAGGCCUUCCACGUGGAGCCCGAGGAGCACCAGCAGGCGCUGCAGAGGGUCAGGGAGCUCGAGAAGCCAAUAUUUUGUCUGAAGGCAACCGUGAAACAGGCCAAGGGCAUUCUGGGCAAAGAUGUCAGUGGGUUCAGCGACCCCUACUGCCUGCUGGGCAUUGAGCAGGGGGUCAGUGUGCCGGGUGGCAGCCCCGGGUCCCGGCCUCGGCAGAAGGCUGUGGUGAGGCACACCAUCCCCGAGGAGCAGACCCACCGCACGCAGGUCAUCACCCAGACACUCAACCCCGUCUGGGACGAGACCUUCAUCCUAGAGUUUGAGGACAUCACCAAUGCGAGCUUUCAUCUGGACAUGUGGGACCUGGACACUGUGGAGUCUGUCCGACAGAAGCUUGGGGAGCUCACAGAUCUGCAUGGGCUUCGCAGGAUCUUUAAGGAGGCCCGGAAGGACAAAGGCCAGGAUGACUUUCUAGGGAACGUGGUUCUGAGGCUGCAGGACCUGCACUGCCGAGAGGACCAGUGGUACCCCUUGGAACCCCGCACUGAGACCUACCCAGACCGUGGCCAGUGCCACCUCCAGUUCCAACUCAUCCACAAGCGGAGAGCCACCUCGGCCAGCCGCUCGCAGCCCAGCUACACGGUGCACCUCCACCUUCUGCAGCAGCUCGUGUCCCACGAGGUCACCCAGCACCAGGCGGGCAGCACCUCCUGGGACGGGUCGUUGAGUCCCCAGGCUGCCACCGUCCUCUUUCUGCACGCCACACAGAAGGACCUGUCCGACUUCCACCAGUCCAUGGCGCAGUGGCUGGCCUACAGCCGCCUCUACCAGAGCCUGGAGUUCCCCAGCAGCUGCCUCCUGCACCCUAUCACCAGCAUCGAGUACCAGUGGAUCCAGGGUCGGCUCAAGGCAGAACAGCAGGAGGAGCUGGCCGCCUCAUUCAGCUCCCUGCUGGCCUACGGCCUCUCCCUCAUUCGGAGGUUCCGCUCUGUCUUCCCCCUCUCUGUCUCGGACUCCCCAGCCCGGCUGCAGUCUCUUCUCAGGGUCCUGGUACAGAUGUGCAAGAUGAAGGCCUUUGGAGAACUGUGCCCCAACACCGCCCCAUUGCCCCAGCUGGUGACUGAGGCCCUGCAGACUGGCACCACUGAAUGGUUCCACCUGAAGCAGCAGCACCAUCAGCCCAUGAUGCAGGGCAUCCUGGAGGCAGGCAAGGCCUUGCUGGGCCUGGUACAGGAUGUCAUCGGCGACCUGCACCAGUGCCAGCGCACGUGGGACAAGAUCUUCCACAAUACCCUCAAGAUCCACCUCUUCUCCAUGGCUUUCCGGGAGCUGCAGUGGUUGGUGGCCAAGCGGGUGCAGGACCACACGACGGCUGUGGGUGAUGCAGUGUCCCCAGAGAUGGGCGAGAGUCUGUUCCAGCUCUACAUCAGCCUCAAGGAGCUCUACCAGCUGCGUCCAAGCUCCUCAGAGAGGGAUGGAGUCCUGGCCCUGGAUAAUUUCCACCGCUGGUUCCAGCCGGCCAUCCCCUCCUGGCUGCAGAAGACGUACAACGUGGCCCUGGCGCGGGUGCAGCGCGCUGUGCAAAUGGAUGAGCUGGUACCCCUGGGUGAACUGACCAAGCACAGCACAUCAGCGGUGGAUCUAUCCACCUGCUUUGCCCAGAUCAGCCACACUGCCCGGCAGCUGGACUGGCCGGACCCAGAGGAGGCCUUCAUGAUUACUGUCAAGUUUGUGGAGGACACCUGUCGCCUGGCCCUGGUGUACUGCAGUCUUAUAAAGGCCCGGGCCCGCGAACUCUCUUCAGGUCAGAAGGACCAAGGCCAGGCAGCCAACAUGCUGUGUGUGGUGGUGAAUGACAUGGAGCAGCUGCGGCUGGUGAUCGGCAAGUUGCCCACCCAGCUGGCAUGGGAGGCCCUGGAGCAGCGGGUAGGGGCCGUGCUGGAGCAGGGGCAGCUGCAGAACACGCUGCAUGCCCAGCUGCAGAGCGCGCUGGCCGGGCUGGGCCAUGAGAUACGCACUGGCGUCCGAACCCUGGCCGAGCAGUUGGAGGUGGGCAUCGCCAAGCACAUCCAGAAACUGGUGGGCGUCAGGGAGUCCGUCCUGCCUGAGGAUGCCAUUCUGCCCCUGAUGAAGUUCCUGGAGGUGGAGCUUUGCUACAUGAACACCAACUUGGUACAGGAGAACUUCAGCAGCCUCCUGACCCUGCUCUGGACCCACACGCUCACAGUGCUGGUAGAGGCGGCCGCCUCCCAACGCAGCUCGUCCCUGGCUUCCAACAGGCUGAAGAUUGCCCUGCAGAACUUGGAGAUCUGCUUCCACGCUGAGGGCUGUGGCCUGCCGCCCGAGGCUCUGCACACUGCCACCUUCCAGGCUCUGCAGAGGGACCUGGAGCUGCAGGCGGCCUCCAGCCGGGAGCUCAUCCGGAAGUACUUCUGCAGCCGCAUCCAGCAGCAGGCAGACACCACCUCUGAGGAGCUGGGGGCUGUGACAGUCAAGGCCUGCUACCGCGCCUCUGAGCAGAAGCUGCGUGUGGAGCUGCUCAGCGCCUCCAGCCUGCUUCCCCUGGACUCCAACGGCUCCAGCGACCCCUUUGUCCAGCUGACCUUGGAGCCCAGGCAUGAGUUCCCUGAGCUGGCUGCCCGGGAGACCCAGAAGCACAAGAAGGACCUUCACCCACUGUUUGAUGAGACCUUUGAAUUGGGCUCCCCUGAGAUGGCCACAUUUGGGCCCAAGGGAUGGGGCACCUGGGACAAGAGCACUGCCUGUCCCCCAGCAUCUGACCCCCAAACCCCUCUCUCCGCAGGGGACCCAAUCCUGCAGCUGCUGGAGGGCCGGAAGGGUGACCGAGAGGCCCAGGUCUUUGUGAGGCUGCGGCGGCACCGGGCCAAGCAGGCCUCCCAACAUGCCUCGCGGCCUGCACCGUAGCCGUAGAGGUUUGCGGUGGGGCUGGGUCCCUGGUGGGGACCUGCAAGGGCUUUCCUGUAGGGUCUGGGGCUUCCCAGUCACAGCAUGGCCUUCCAGCUUGGCCUGACACCUGGGGAGCCCCAGCAUGCGGAGCGUCCAGAGUGCAGACUCCCCUGCCUUCCACGGUGAUGGGGGCUCAGCAGCGAUAUCUCUACUCCCACCCGCCUGCCUCCAGCCCUGGCUGCAAUGUCUCCACCACACCCCAGCCCCAGGGGGAGCAAACCCUGCCCCUGCCCCCCUUUCGGAAAAGCUGCUCUGGUGGGCAGGGGAUUGGACCAUCUGUCUCCUGGCCCAUCUGCCUCCUAGCCUUCCUGUUCCAGCCACUGGGAUGGGGGCCAGGUUCACUGGAACCAGGGCUACAGGUGCAGAGUCUCCUGGGGAAGGGAGGAGGACCCUGCCAAAGAUGAGGCUCCAGCUGCCCUGAGGGGAGGGUGGUGGCCAUUACUAGAGGGAGCCUGGGUCCUCUCCCCAGGGGCUGCCAGCAUCCAGGCCAGGAGGCCUGGAGCCAAGAACCUUCUGGCUCUGAGGGAGCAAGAGCUGGCAGGCGGCGGGGCUGGCAAGGACAGACGGAAGCAGAAAGGACAGUUUGGCCGCUGUGUCUGCUACGCAUGCCUCCUCCCCAGAAAGCACCUGCCACCUAGAAACUUUCUUAGCAAAAAAAAUAAAAUCAAUCCUUUGUCCUCUUAAAA